CUGAAAUCUGAGACUUGCACAACCACAGUGAGGCGGAGGGAGGGGGCAGAGGGAGGAAGAAUGUCCAGCCUGGAGAAAGAAGGCAAACUGCAGGCUUUCAGAGGACACGAGGCUGCAGGAGCAGCAGGGAGAUGCAGCUGGAGCUGAGCUGAGACAUGUGAGGGCUGAGCCUGCAGAGACAAAGAUAAAGACUCGCGCUGGAUGCGGACUUUAGCUCUGUGUUUCAGACAAACACAGCCAGUGGCGCUGACACCGACCACGCUCCCCAGGACAAAGAACAUCACUGAAAUCCAAACCGAGAAGAAAGUGAAGGGGGAGACUUCACACUGGAUUUUUUUCUUCUUCUUUCAUUUCCUCUCGGGGAGCCAAGGUUAGGUUUCUGAGCUGGGGCUCUCUUGUUUUGAGGAUUUUUCUUUUGCAAACUUGCACUUUUUUUUGACUCCUCUUUCUAUACCUGCUAACCAACCGCCCCGUGGAAUGUCAAAUAGUUCCUGAGUGGAGAAACUGGAUAAUUACCCAGUGUUGGUGAAGCUCUAAUGACUCUCCUAAACUGCCUCCCGUUUCCUGUGCAGACUGGCGAGUUGAUUAACCCUUUAGCCUGCCUGGCUGCUGUCCGGGCUCCUUCUGUUGCUUCUGCAGUGGAGUCGCUCAAACACCCUGGACUCUGACGUUUUCCCGCUGUUAAGGAUCUGCUGGUGUUUGUUUGGACACAACCCUCGUUCUGGAUCUGCUGCAGAACUCCAGCCGCUCAGAAGCUUGUACUUUCCAAGGGGAGAGGGGUGGGGGCGGGGGCGGGGGUGGCAGGAGGGGAAAUAUGAUCCAGUAUUUGGAGGAAUGCGUAGAGCUCCAGCAGCAGUGUGUGGUUUCCAUGGAAAAGGCCUGAGCAGCGUGGCACAGAGGGGCUGCAUACAUGCUUUACCUCUAUGUCUGUGGUCCAAGUGAAAUCCAAGCAGACAAGUGUAGCUCCACAAGCUCCACCCUGGAACUCCCUGUUCAGGCUGCUCUCAUGCGUAGCAACCAGGAAUGUGCACAACACUAAAGAGGUCCAAACAUUUCAGGAGCAGACAGAAGCCUUAUUUGGAAAUCUUAUGGACGAAGAAAUGAGUCGCCAGACCGCCACCGCGCUGCCCACUGGAACAUCCAAGUGCCCCCCCUCUCAGCGCGUGCCCACCCUGUCGGGCACCACCGCCUCCAACAGUGACCUGGCCAGCCUGUUCGAGUGUCCCGUCUGCUUCGACUAUGUCCUGCCCCCCAUCCUCCAGUGCCAGUCGGGACACCUGGUGUGCUCCAACUGUCGGCCCAAACUCACCUGCUGCCCCACCUGCAGAGGCCCGCUGGGCUCCAUCAGGAACCUGGCCAUGGAGAAGGUGGCCAACUCCGUCCUCUUUCCCUGCAAGUACGCCUCGUCAGGCUGCGAGGUCACGCUCCCCCACACCGACAAGACGGAGCACGAGGAGCUGUGCGAGUUCCGACCGUACUCCUGCCCCUGUCCCGGCGCCUCCUGCAAGUGGCAGGGCUCCCUGGACGCCGUGAUGCCUCACCUGAUGCAUCAGCACAAGUCCAUCACCACCCUGCAGGGGGAGGACAUCGUGUUCCUGGCGACAGACAUCAACCUGCCCGGCGCCGUGGACUGGGUCAUGAUGCAGUCCUGCUUUGGCUUCCACUUCAUGCUGGUCCUGGAGAAGCAGGAAAAGUACGAUGGACAUCAGCAGUUUUUCGCCAUCGUCCAGCUCAUUGGGACCCGGAAGCAGGCCGAGAACUUUGCAUACCGGCUGGAGCUGAACGGGCACCGGCGCCGGCUGACCUGGGAGGCCACGCCGCGCUCCAUCCACGAGGGCAUCGCCACCGCCAUCAUGAACAGCGACUGCCUGGUGUUCGACACGUCGAUCGCGCAGCUGUUUGCAGAGAACGGAAACCUGGGCAUUAACGUCACCAUCUCCAUGUGCUAAAAACUCUGGGCGGGGCCAAACUCCUACAAUGGUUGAGGCGUUUUUUUAAAAAGCAGGUCAAAGGGGUCGUGACCUCAGUGCCCUCGCCCACCUUUGUCUCCCCCGUUAACCGGACUGUCAGUCCAGCCAUGUGUGGAGGAACGGGGGUGUCUGUCUGCCGUUAUGGUUUUAGUGUCUCUUUCUGUUGUUGGCGCCCCCUUCAGUCCUGUUGGGACACUACAGUUCUGGAAGGAGCGGAUCAAAGCUCCGGACUGAUUCCUGCUCAGUGCUGAGCUAGCCGACCAGCUAGUUUUUGUUUGUUUCGACGGAGGACUGUGGCUGCUAUCGACCCGCUCAAACUGGAACUGAGUCUAUCACAGAAAACCUCGUUUGUCCUCACCUAUAACUGACACGACCUCCGGCAGGCGGGACGACUGUAGCGUCCCACCACAGUCACAGUUCACCGGCGCUGGUCCGGUCUCUUCUGUUCCGUUCGAGUCCAGCCUAGGAAAAUGCAUCAGACGCUCAUUAAACGCUCGACAGUAGUCAGACUGAACGGACUGAAGCCCAGGAUGUACUGUUUUUGUUUUCUCAGCAGCAUUUGCCUGUGCGUCCCCACACGGCCCACAGAGAAGGAAAUCCACAUUUCACCCGUCUUUCCUCUGUGCUUUUAUUUUGUUAGUCCGUUUGUUUUAGACAUUUUAGUUCCUGGAUGAAUGGCUGUGUGUGUGUUUGUCGUGUGCAUGUUCGUACACCUUUUCUUUCUCCUCCCUGCACUCAUCUCUGCGUCGCCCAGCCUGGAACACAUCCCUUCCUACAGGUGAAAAUGUUGCUAUCAUGAUUUUCAUUAUUUUGUAUUGAAUUCCAAAAAAAAAAAAAAAAAAAAGAGAGAAACAAAAUUUAAAAGGCAGUUGUUAAACGUGUGGCUAAACUUCAGUGUUUGUAGUUAAACAGAAAAAAGAGAAUAGCGUUCUCGUUCUGAGGGUUUGUUUUUCUCCAGUGUUGGGUUGUUUUCCUCCGUCUGUUCUCUGUGUGGAAAGUUUUUUUUUCUCUGGGAGGAGGUGGUGCAGGUGGUGCUCCUCCGCCUGCAGUCUCAGUAAGUUUGCUGCUCUCCCUCAAGCUCUAAGACUUCUUUCUGUUUUCAUUUGUCAUUAAAUAAAUCUAUCUUUUUCAUA